GCGGCGGGGCAGCGUGGCGGGCGGCGGCAUGUUCAGCUGGCUGGGGAAGCAGGGCGGCGGGCGGGAGCGGGGCGGCGGCGGCAGCGACGUGGUGCAGACGGUGACUGGGGGGCUGCGGGAGCUCUACCUUCGCAAGCUGCUGCCGCUGGAGGAGCACUACCGCUUCCAUGACUUCCACUCGCCCGCCCUGGAGGAGGCCGACUUCGAGAACAAGCCCAUGGUGCUGCUGGUGGGGCAGUACAGCACCGGCAAGACCACCUUCAUCCGAUAUCUGCUUGAGCAGGAUUUUCCAGGCAUGCGCAUUGGUCCAGAACCUACAACAGAUUCUUUUAUUGCUGUGAUGUAUGGAGACUCAGAAGGAAGUGUUCCUGGAAAUGCCCUAGUUGUUGAUCCUAAGAAACCAUUCCGCAAACUCAGCCGCUUUGGAAAUGCUUUCCUGAACAGGUUCAUGUGUUCUCAGUUACCUAACCAGGUUCUGAAGAGUAUCAGUAUCAUUGACAGCCCAGGCAUUCUCUCUGGAGAGAAACAACGCAUCAGCAGAGGUUAUGACUUCUGUCAAGUCCUCCAGUGGUUUGCUGAAAGGGUUGACCGCAUCAUCCUGCUUUUUGAUGCCCAUAAGCUGGAUAUAUCUGAUGAAUUUUCAGAGGCUAUUAAGUCAUUCCGGGGUCAGGAUGACAAGAUUCGAGUGGUGCUCAAUAAGGCUGACCAAGUAGAUACUCAACAGCUGAUGAGGGUCUAUGGUGCACUCAUGUGGUCCCUGGGAAAGGUGAUCAACACUCCAGAGGUGCUACGAGUCUACAUUGGCUCCUUCUGGGCCCAUCCUCUCCAAAACACAGAGAACCGAAGACUCUUUGAGGCAGAGGCACAGGAUCUUUUCAAGGACAUCCAGAGUCUCCCACAGAAGGCCGCUGUGCGGAAACUCAAUGAUCUCAUAAAGCGAGCAAGACUUGCAAAGGUCCAUGCUUAUAUCAUCAGCUAUCUGAAAAAAGAAAUGCCAUCUGUAUUUGGAAAAGAGAACAAGAAGAAGGAACUGAUCAGCAGAUUACCUGAGAUCUAUACUCAACUGCAAAGAGAAUACCAUAUUUCAGCAGGAGAUUUCCCUGAGGUCAAGAAAAUGCAGGAGCUGCUGGAGACUUAUGACUUUGCUAAAUUUCACUCUUUGAAACCAAAGCUAAUUGAAGCUGUGGAUAAUAUGCUGGCCAACAAAAUUGCCUCCCUGAUGAACCUGAUCAGCCAGGAAGAGAGCAAUAUGCCCACGCAGAUAGUGCAUGGUGGGGCAUUUGAUGGCACCAUGGCAGGACCCUUUGGCCAUGGAUAUGGAGAAGGUGCCAAGGAAGGAGCUGAUGAAGAGGAAUGGGUUGUUGCCAAAGAUAAACCUGCUUAUGAUGAGAUUUUCUACACUCUGUCACCAAUCAAUGGAAAAAUAUCUGGGAUCAAUGCAAAGAAGGAGAUGGUGACUUCCAAACUACCUAAUAGCGUCUUGGGGAAGAUCUGGAAACUCGCUGACUGUGAUGGCGAUGGAAUGUUGGAUGAUGAGGAGUUUGCAUUGGCAAAGCAUCUCAUCAAGAUUAAGCUGGAUGGGUAUGAACUGCCCGGCACACUACCUCCUCAUCUGGUGCCGCCAUCUCACAGGAAACCUCUGCUGGCAGCAGAGUGAAAAAUACAGAGAGAAGAAUGAGGAUUUGGGAUACCAAAUGUGUUAGAACCACCAAAGUUGGAAAUUAGGCUAAGAUCCUUAAACCUCAUAGCACAUUCCAUGCAAGUUGCUGACAUUAGAAGCAUAGUAGCAGGAAAACAUUUGUGUAGUAUUCCUGCUGACCUUCACUGAGACAUGCUUAUCACAAGUGCCUUGUAUAGAUACAUCACAGUGCGUGAUGUAAGGUGAAAAGGUUUUUGUUGUCUAGCUUCCAUACAUUGCUGCCUUUACAGCCAUAAAGGAAAAAGACCAUGUAUAAAAUCACCAACCUUUGCCAAACUUAAAUGCUUAGCAACCGCAAGUCUCUCCAGACUGAUUUUAAUAAGUGCAAGGAAGCUCUAAACACAGAUUCACCUGCCUAUGCAAGGAACGUGUUUAUGCUAAAAGCAUACUCUAGGCACCUGAGUGAAUGUCAGCAUUUGUAUAGCUUAAGAAAAGGCAGACAUACAAAGAAAUUUAAAUUUUAGGGUGGGUUGUUUAUUCUAGUUUGGGGGGAGAAGAGAGACGGGGAAGAGUUAAGAAGUGCUCAGACUAUGUGAGCAGAUUCAUUUUUAGACUUCAGCAGUUAUGGUUAAAAAUGCAAAAUACUAAAAUGAUUCAGUCUGUCAUCACUGUGUCCUAUUAUAAUCUGAAGAACUGUUUCUUCUAUUUUUUUACAGCACUAUAUAUAUAUAUAUAUUCAGUAUUUUCAGUUAAAAGAACUGAAUCUCCUUUCUUCCUUGAAUUUGGAGUUUCUUUUAAGGUUUCAGUUUAGCUGCUAUGCAGACCAUGAAUACCUAAAUUGUUCGAAGUGACGGCAGAAUGUUUUCAUAAGCUAAAAGUUGAUAUUUCUAUUGAAAUAAAGCCUCACUUUCUAUUCCAAAAAUGUGCACUGUGCAAAGUCAGCCUCUUCGCAUUGAGUUGUCUUGGAAAAGUUUUACAGCUAAUUAUACAGGUAUCUCUAAUUAUACAGGUAUCUCUGUAUAUGUUACAUACAUAUAUACAUAUACUAUAUAUAGAUAGAUACAGGUGUAUUAGAAAACUUUAACUCUUCCUGUUGCCAGCAUGUAGCUGACAAAUACAGAAGAGAUGUUCCAUUCCUAUGAUGGCAGAUUUGAAGGAUGAGGCCACGAAUAGGAAUCUUCACAUUGAGAUUAAUAGCUGGUCCCGUCAAAUAUUAUUCCUUUAUUGAAAAUAAUCUAAGAAAUGAAUAGAUGCUUACUAAAGAUUCAUUUUCUAACAGCACAAUCAAAAUGUUGAGUGUAUCAGCAGCUCACAACUGAUUUUGAACGGUAUCCCGGGAGAAGGUAGACUUUUGGUCCUAUGAGCUUCAAAGUCUUUUGGUGAGGGCCAGUUGCUUUCUGAAAUCAAACUUGGCAGUCAGUUUAGGUCUGUGCACAUGAGCAAGAAUUGAUUUGUACUCCACUUGUAAUAUAAAAUACCCUACACCUCAAAGGUACUGUAACUUUGAGCACUUUUUCUCUGAGUCUCAGUAAGUGAUAGCAGGAGUGCCUUCUGGGACACAGCAAGCCAAAAAGUGUUUUAUCAUCCCUGCAGUGGAGAUGGGAAGAAAUUCAGUAUAUAUAUUGAGUAUACAAUUUUCUCUAACUUAAAACUUACACAUUUAUGUGUUCAGAUUUGUAGGUGAUAUAAGAGCCUCAUCUUUUUCUUCAAAUUAUAUAUUUGUAGGUUGUCAACCUGGUUUCAUACUUCAGAUCAUUCUAGACCCCUUAUCCUUCUGCAUCUUGUCUAUUCUGAUACGAAAUUAUGAAUUUUGCUGGGACUCUGCCAUGUGUAAACAAUGAAGCUUUUUUAAUUAAUGAUAGAAAAAUUCCUUUACCUUGCCAGAUUUUCAGACCUUUGUAUCAAGAAUACCCUGGCAUAGUUGAUCAUUUUUGAGGGAUUGCUUGGUUUUCAUUAUUAUUCUUAGAUUUUUUUCUCCUGUCACCCAAGUGUGUUAACUAAAUAUAUUUAGUUAAUAUUUAGUUAAUAUUUAACUAAAUUAGGAAUCAAAUCUGCUGUAGUGCAUCUCUGUGCACUUUAAUAGAGUUCUGAAACUUGACCGUAAGUCUGCCUGUGUAUCUCUAAGUCUACAGAGUAACUGAUUCUUCAUGUAAUUUAUGCAAAUUAUGCAAAACAUAUUUCUGACUGAACAAAAAAUAUUCUAUAGAUAUUGGUGUGUGUUUUUUUUAAAAAAAACAACACGACCAAUGUGCGUAAGUAUUAACAAUGCUUGCUCAUGUGUGUAGUGUCUGCAGUCAGUGACAAAUUCAUACACUAAUGACCAAUCUGACUAGCAUUGCAAGGAAAGCAGCUGGGAUAAAGAGCAGACUUGUGUAUUGUUACUACUGCAGUGUAGUGAGAGGGUCUGGGAAGCUGCUGAUCUUCCAGCUGUGUCUGCCUUACCUUGCCCUUCAGCUGCAGGAUUCCUGGGUGGACUCAUGUUUUGGAUUAUCACUGUAUGUAGCUUCCAGGGGUGAUACUCUAAACACAUUGGAGCUGUGUGAUCCCAUGCCAGCACAAACAUCCUUCUGCAGUGAAGAGGGAGGAGAAGGGUAGUUUCUCAGUGACUUGUUUAUUUUAUUUUUCUAGUUUUAUGGGUAGUAAAAUGGAGACCAUGGCCUUUCCCCCCCCCCCCUAAACUCCAUGACAGUGCACUAACUUGGAGUUGGGGAGACAACUUUAAAUGCAUCAUUUUGAUAAGUUAAAACAUUUUGUCUAAAUAUUGUUAAAAUAUAUAUAUGGUUUUGUUUUGUUUGUUUGUUUAUCCUGCAAGACUUGAGGAGGGGAAGUGGAGGAGGAAUGCACAAAGCAUGUAUAGGCGUAGAGGUGGAUUCAGUCUGUUUCUGCAGGGAAAUAGAAGUGUUUCAGGACCAGCAUGCAGAGCUAAGUGGAUAAAUGUAUUUCUAGAUACGUGGUGCAGUGCACUGGCAUCUUAACAGAGCUCACACUUACUUGAAAGUAAUUCAAGUACAUUUCAUGUAGUCUAAGUCAUGAUUUCUUAGGCAGCUAAACUGGUCUAGUAGCUUGUUGCUGCUCAGAGAAGGGGAUCUCUUUCCUCAUUACCUCUUCCCAGACCUGUGGUCCUGCUCUGUUCACUUUGCUGAUUGUGUGGUUUAUAGAAUCUGUCUGCAAGCCAGUUCAGUUAGCUAAACUAGCCACACAAAACAGUUUGGAUAGUAUCCUGCUGAGUUAGCAAGUCAGAUAAGAUCAUAGAGUAAUCUCAAUGCAUUAGGAAUAUGAGGAAGAGAGAAAGGAGCAGGAUUGCCUUUUCUCAUGAAAUUGUGCUUUAAGUAGUUAUUGAGAACAGCAGUAUGAUGUAAUCUGUGUUCAGUUCAAUGUCAUUAUUAAUCUUUGCUCAGGAAAGACCAAGAUCUUGGAUUUUAUGCCUGGGACUUCAAUGGGGUUUGCUCCAAGAACAUUCAAAACUGUCAAAUUCAUUCUGUGAAAUCAGUGCUCUGUGGUGUUGUCCACUGCCUUAAGCCAGAGUAGAGGCUACUACUUUUUACCUCUUUCCCAGCUAUUCUGCAACACAGUUUUUAUUUCCCAACUCUGAUUCUGUUCACACAGAAAUUAAUUGGACUUUUGUUUCAGAUUUGAACAGAAAGUGCAGGGAUCUAGUUCAUAACCACACUACAGGACAGCGAGAGCAGUUUGAAGCUGUGACUAUUUGAAAAUGGUGAGUUUAGAAGGAUUUUUAAGUCAGGAUGAGGCUCUAAUUGUUGCAGUCAGGGGUGCUAUGGAUUUGUAGUCCCAGAAGCUUCUGUGGAACCUGGUCUCAAAGAAGCAGUAUCUGGCCCUUGACUUUCAAUAACUUAAUAUAUUUCCAGUACUUGAAAUGCACCUUUUUUUAAUUUUUUUUCUUAUUGCUCCCUUCCCUUCACAACAUGCACUUAGUUUGGUGGCUCUUUUUACUGUUGGAGUUCAAGCAGAGAAUUUGAAGUGUAUACUUUACUGGAUGUGUGUAACUUAGCACUGAGAGAAUGAAUAUAAACUUUGGUUUCUACAUCAUAUGCUCUCUUUUUCUAAUACAUUUAUUAAAUAUGGUAUUUUCACUUCAGAGGCACUCUUCCAUUUUUGACAGAAUGUUUCACCUGUGAGGUGUGCUUCAGUUUGCCCAGCUAAGCAAACAAAGUUGUAAGUUCAUUACCAUUGCACUUUGAUUAUACAAUAAAUUCCAUGCAGAUACUGUAAUAUAUUUUAAUAUGCUUUGUAAUCAUUUUUAGGAAGUGGUGAUAAAAAUUGCUGAUUUAAUAAACUAAUAUUAAACUACCAAAAA